CAUCGAUGAACGUUUGAUGGCGGCCACGGAACCUCAACAAAGAUCAACCAUCUGAGUAUUAGAGUUUUUGAUCAUCUGGAUUUAUUACAGAUUAAAAAAUAAUUACUCCAUUUUACGGUCAAACAAUCUAUUGUCAUGGAAACGGAUGAGCAGGCUCGGAACCGGUUUCAGUCCGAAUUAGAGUUCGUCCAGUGUUUGGCAAACCCGAACUACCUGAACUUUCUGGCUCAGAGAGGCUACCUGAGGGAGAGACCCUUCAUCAACUACCUGAAGUACCUGCUGUACUGGAAGGAACCUGAAUACGCCAAUUUCCUCAAGUACCCUCACUGCCUCCACAUGCUGGAGCUGCUGCAGUACGAACACUUCAGGAAGGAGCUGGUCAACGCCCAGUGCGCCAAGUUCAUCGACGAGCAGCAGCUGCUGCACUGGCAGCACUACUCCAGGAAGCGCACGCGACUGCAGCAGGCGCUGGCCGAGCAGCAGCAGCCGCCGCAACAGCCGCCGCCGCACGGCAACGCCGCCGCCAAGUGAUGGACGUUAUGCAGAAGCAGCCGUCCCUCUGUGGUACUGGUCCGAUCCGUCUGUGGACUUCUGUAGGAUGAAGCUGCAGCUCAUCUGAAGCUGCUGAUGUUCAGCAAUGAAGCUGAAGUCAGAGUUCAGCAAAAUCCAGCUUUGUUUCCUGUUUCUGCUGCGUUCUGCUUUUGUAAUAAAAUGUUUUGGUUCAGCUGGUUUCCUGGAACAGAUGGAGUCAUUUCAGCAGCAGAACCUGAAUUUCUCUGGACCAGGUGCUGCAUCGGUUCCCUGAGCAGGACCCUCUGCCCUCAGAGCUUCCUGGGAGGGGCUUCCUGGGGACGAACUCACUGCCAUCAGCAUGGAAACUGACUGAUUUCAAUUCUGUUUUUAAAUCUGGCUGAAGUGUUAUCGUCCAGUCACUGAGUAAGGCUUUGGAGAACAGAAACAGGAAAAUAGAUCAUCUCAGUUUUUCUCUCUGUGAAAUUGUUGCAUUUUUAUUUUGACUUGAACAUAGCUUUUUAUUAAUAAUCAGCCUAUAGUUGUUUUUUCUUUCUCCACUGCUGCGGUUUAAUGUCUUAGUUUUAUAUUAUUUACCCAGCCCCAAGUUAAAGGUCUGUAAUA